AGCUUAUGUCCUCUGUGAUGCCUCAGCAGCAACAGAGGGAGGAAGGGGAGGAGGAAGAUGAAGAGCAAGGGGAGAAGUUUGAGUUUGACGACAGUGCUGAUGAAGAGAAAGAGCCAGCGGAUACUAAAGACCCUAUCUCAGACUCUGUAAAAGCCAGUCAAAAAUCAAACCAGUCAUUUAAGGAGGCUACAAACCAACCACAGGACAACACACUAACACCCCCUGGACACUCACAACAGCACCUCAAUGCAAUGCCCCGUGCUGGUCAGGAGGACAACCCCUCCCAGGGACAAUACUCCACAGCCUCUCCAGGUAAAGUGUUCUUUCUAUUACAGCACAUUGUGAGUGACUCUUCUCCACUGGUCUCAUAAGGUGCUGUCAGUUCAUAAAGUGAUUUCUUAAUAGCUUCAGACAGACAGGCAUAAAGAGAGCCAGGUUAAACCUUGUUCUAAUUGGAUAAAGAGCAGUGAAACUCUUGUUAUUAGUAUAAUAUUGACUACCUGACUCAGUCAUGCUGCCAAAAAAGCUCUGUUAAUUACACUCCCAGCUAAAGAGGAAGAUUUUAAUCUAUGGGAACUUCUGUCGGACAAAAUGAAGCGACUAGUGCUUAAUUAAAAGGCUUCUUACAAAGCCUACGUGUAGUACUGUAAUCCGCUAAGUGGGUUGUGGAGCAUUCCUCCGCCGCGCUGGGGAAUUAUGGGGUUGAUGAUGCUGUACAGUGAAAGCCUGUUACAUAACCAGUGGCUGGUGAAGGAGACGUCAUCAGGCAGGGACUCAGCCCUGCAGGCAAAUGAGAGGGUUUACAUUGUCUCUGUAUAAAUUAGAUAAUAGUUUUAAUAGGGAUAUCUUUCAUAAAAGCUGAUAUUCACACAGUGCCUAUAUACAGCUAAUAUUAAGAUUCCGAUGGGCUGUUCACAUUUUACAUUUUGAUAAAGUUUUGCUCAUAUUGAAACCUACUGAGAUGAAUUCUAAACGUUUUAACUGUCCUUACCAUAUGGUACACGUUGCACAAGUUACAGUAAAAGUAACAUGACAUUAGCAUUUUUUAAACAUUUUUUUUCUUGGCUCUAAUGUCUCCCCACAGAUGUUCCAGUUAGCGACCCACCCAGGCGGUAAGAGACGCUCUGCUUUUUAUAUGCUAUCACAGUAUGUGGGAAUCGGUAUUACAUCCUUACAGCCCGUGUGGUUUGGUCUCGUAAGAGGAAACAUCUGUAUUCAUUAGGUUAUCAAUAUAUUUGCAUAACACAAAAUCAGAUACAACUCUAUAUGUCAUAGAGAAAGUGUGUGUCAAAGUUAAAAUGUAGGACUGAUAUGUUUGGAAAAGGAAGUCAAAGGAGGCGGCCCAUCUGUGACUGAGGUUAUGUGGGAAAAAAACUCUAACAUACUGAAUCAGUAGCCUAAACAGGUAGUCUGUAGUCUGCAGGUUAUAGCAGUUUGCAGUAUAAAAGUUCUAUAUGAGUUAGGGGGUUCACUAGAAUGUACACUAGAAACAUGUUAUCAACCAGUGUACUGUAUCACCCUCUUCAUUUGUGAUCUCCUACCUUGGUGGUGCCCACUGGUCCUGGUUAGGUCCCAGCAUGAUGAUGUACUGGGAAACCUGUGCUGAUCGGAGAGCCAGGGCCGGCCAUUCAUGUGGGCUUUCAUGAGAUAAAAAAGAGGGGUGUCUGAGUGACUGUGAUAAAGUCUGUCUGUGUCUGUGUGUUUGAAUAGGGUUGGAUUGUGAGAGAAGGAACUGUAAGGUCUCUGCAAUUUCUGCUGAGUACACCGUUCCACUGUGGGUCAAUAUUCUCCCUUUCCUAGUGGAGAUAUCAAUAGCUUUUUCCGCCAUCAAGGUGUGAGGUGUGUGUCAGAGCAUUUGCACUGUGUGUCUGUUUCAGCUAAGAUUAAGAUAUAUUUGCAUCACAAAUAAUACUUUAUAAUAGAAACAUUGUUGCAGAACAUGCAUAAAAUGUCUACAGGUCUACUUAGCCAAAAAUCCAGGAAAGCAGUGGUAUUUGGCAGAUACCUUUCAUUAAGUGAGACCCUUAAGAUGAAAAGUCCUAGACAAAGGUCACCAUGACAACUUGACACCUGACAUUUAUAUGGCUCUCUUAUGUUCAGUUGAGCUGUAACCUUAAAGGGGAACACAUUUAACACUCCACCUAAGCAACCCCACUUUACAACACUCCUUUUUCUUCAUCUGCGUUCCACCCUUCCUCUCCUGAGUGGUAGAUCUGCAAGCUGGGUUUGUAAGCUGUUAAAGUAAACAAUGUCACAGUAGACACAUACUGUAUGCAGACCUGUGUACAAUGCUUUAUGACUGACCGGGUGCACACUGCAGACGCAAGAUGCAGUUGCAAUAGUAGGUGGUGUGUUGUUAGGUUAGACUCAUCAGCAUGGUCACCACUGUUCCCCAGAGAGACAGUUGGAAAGCCAUGUAAACAACGCUCUCUGGGCUGACAGUGCUGUAGCUGGAGGGAGUUGAAACAGAUCUUAGACAGUAAAGGCCUUGCAUUCAGGCUGCUCAGUGCUCACACUGUGCUUUGCCUCAGGCUAUUCUAUUUGCAUUUAAAAAACGUUCCCUGCUCCUCUGUUCUCUCCUACAGGCAUUUGACUCACAGGGACUUAUAUAGACAAGUGAAGGGUAUAGGCCUACAAAGAUGAACCAUAAAAUAUAUACUCCUCCAACAUUGAAAUAAUGUUAUUGUUCUCACAAAAUGUCUUGUUAAAUCCCCCUGUGAAACCACAGUUAUGGGAAAUGCAUGUUUUCUGUUCUUUAUUAAUCUUACAGAACAGAAAUGGUUUAUUCUGCUUCAUGUUGAGGCUUUGUUGUGUUAUUAAUAUGUCUGAUCAUUGUUUUCUAAGAAAUCAUUUUAGAAAGCUCUUAGUUGUAGAAAACCGCUUGAGUAGACAUUACUCUUUAAAACUGCUAUUAUUAGCUGUAAUAUGAUGAGUUGUCAUCACAAGCCCUGUGUGCUGCUUUCUGACUGAUUCUGUCUGGUGUCUUUGCGGAGCCAAUGAAGGUGAAGAUUUGCAACUUUUAUUUGUGGACAUUACAACGGAGUGGAUUUCAAGUUUGAACAUUACUCAAACAAGCAUUAGCUAACGCCUUUAUUGCUGUCUUGCCAAUUGGUCAGCAGGCUGCUCGCAAGCUAUUUGGCUGCUAAAUAUUUCCUACACAACUUAUCUGCGUGGUUAUGUAAGGACUGCGGUGUGUCAGGCAUGUCUGGAGCAGGGGAGAGUUACACUAUCUCGCUGACUGAUUGAUUUACUGGUUGUUGGCAUAGCCGAGAUGGAUGGUGGUAGGGAUGUAUUUAAUGAGAUAGGUCUGGGAUGGAGGAGAAACCAAUCUGUAUAAUGUGGGACUGCUGUAAAUCUGACUGGUGGCUCGAAAACAUAAGCAAGUGGUAGCUCUUUACAGAAUACCGACAAGAUCAGUAUUAUUAGGAGUUGUCUCAAAGGCAAUAGUACAUGCUAGUCAUUAUUAUGGUCAGGCUUUAGAUAUGGCUGGCGAUCAAGGGCUAUAGUUUAGGGGGAACAUUCAUAGCUCACAGUUAAUAUAACAAGCUGGAGGUAAGGUCACAUUAUCAUAUUCAUGGUCUCACAUGAGUUACUUUUUUUUUGUUGACAUUUUAGUGAUUCAGCAGACGCUCUUAUCCAGAGCGACUUACAGUUAGUGAGUGCAUACAUUUUCAUACUGAGUUCACCUGGAUCAGAGGACUCUCCACCCCUCACAACAGCAGUUAGCAGAAUCAUCACACCACAGUGAAUAGGACUGACCAACCUAGCAGAACUGAGCUGCACUAGGAACAUAUGGGCUGUGCCAGGUUUAAUGGGAGUGUUAGCGUGCUGGGAUGGCAGUGCUUCAGACCUUUUGCCCCUGGCUACUCCACCUCUCCUCUUCUCCUCCUCCACACUGCACUUACUUUGUAAUGAGCCACACAGCACCCAGCCUAGAGUGGUCAUAACUGCUCUCACUACUCUGUCUGGUAUGUUCCAGGGUCUCUAGCCCCGUCGAGCUGGUUGAGCCCAAUGCCGCAGCACCCUCCUUGGGAGAGCAGGCCCAGGGAGGUUCUGGUCCUGGAGAGGCGUUACCUGUGAAGAAGCAGACUGACUCGGAGGACCAUAGUGUGGAGACGGCCAAGGAGAGCUCCAGCCUGAGGGAACACUCUGAAGGUACACAACAGCAUAGUGCAGAGAUACAUGAAACAUGAUAUAGACAGACAUGAGCAAGCUUACAUCAAUUACAGUAUAGCCUUCAUAACUUUCACCACAAGGCUUGUUGUCGGUAGCAUUGCAUAUUUGUUGACAUUGUUUUACAGUAAUAAUAUAAAAACUGUAUUGGCCUGUAAUCUUCUGUAACCUUCAUGGAGGGCAACAGCUAAUACAUACUCUCUCCCUCCCAUGAUUUGAUUUACACCUUGACAUGAAUUAAAUUAAUUCAGGAUGAGGAUCAAUAGUGGACUAUUAGUCUAUUUCCACCAAGGGAAAUUGCUCUUGGAUUUUGACUCAGUCAGCAAUGCUGACAUUAGGCUUUUUGAAGGAGGUCCACUCAAAGACUGUUUGGAGCCUGACUAAUCCACACCUUGCUCCAUUAUUUCACCUUUCUCAUUAGUUCUCUUUCACAUAUGUCCUUUACUGUUUUUGUCAAUAUUGUUGAGGUUUAUAAUGAUCAUUUUGGUGUUAAAUUUUUGUCUUCAUGCAUUGAUAGUAUGUCAAAAUUGUAUUCUACAAAGUGUACCUCAGUUUUCUGAUUAGUUAGGGUGUUCUUAUUGUGACAUAAUUGGUACCAUGGGUGGUUGUGUUUUCAAUGUCUUAAGUACUGGCACUAUUGUGGGAUUAAUUAGCUAUUUCCUGUUUAUAGCCAACAACCAAUAGCACUAUACCUCUCUGUUCAAGCUUGUGAACUUUCCUGUAGCUGAUACAAAUAUAGUCAACAAAUGGGCUUUGAUGACACUCUGUGACAUUUUAGUCAUACUUCUAACAGUAUUGCUUUGCUGUGUUGCUAUCACUACUGGAUUACUACAGUAUAGGAGCUUUGUAACUGAUUCAAAGAGUCUGGUAACUGUAAUCUGUAAUUGCGUUUAAUACCAGCAUUAGAUUUGCUUCAGGUCCUAACUUUAAGACCCGCCUGAGUCUUGGGUCCUAAUCCCAACACUACCCUAAUUCUAGGAUUUUACAAAUGUGACUUUGAACACAUUCAUCAUAGACAAACUGAAGAAAGCAACGCUAUACUGUGCUAAAAAGUUAUUCAGCAAACCAAGAUGAAAAAUGCCUGAGUUGUGUUGCCUUCUGGGAUUGUUGGGGGAACUUGAAGAAACACACCCAGACUGUUUGAAAUAAUGAGCACUGUUCCCAGAGUCAGUUACUUUCCAGAUCUACAGAUAGUCAGGCUGAUGGCCAAGAUAAAGUUAUUCCGUUUUCAUUCUGUACACAUUCUUCACAGAGAGUGUUGCUCAGUUAGUCACUAAUGUAGUAGAAGAACACUGUGUCUCUCUCUUGGAUUGUGUCCCAGGUUAUUUAGAACCUUAAAGCAGCGUCGGCUAAUACAUGUCAGAAUCUACAUCUCUCAUCAGAUUAAUUGAAUCCAGUGAUUAUUUGGGGUUUAUAAAGAACCGUUCCAGACAAAUCACAAUUUAAAAGCGAAUCAAUAAAUCCCAUAAACUAAAUUAGGCUGAAACACUCUCAAAGCAGUUAAUGACAAAUCCUGCGGACCGUGGAGAUAGAUGGGGUCGAUACAUUACAAACAAGGUGGAUAUCGUCAUGCUGACACAAUUCCACAGCACAACCCCACACUCUUAAAACCUUAAAGAGUUCUUCGGCUGUCCCCAUAGGAGAACCCUUUUGAAGAACCCGUUUUUAGUUGCAGGUAGAACCCUAUUGGGUUCCAUGUAGAAUCCAUUCUACAGAUGGUUCUACAUGGAACCCAAAAGGGUUCUACCUUGAACCAAAUAGGGUUCUCCUAUGGGGACAUUUUUUCUAAUAGUGCACACCUAGCACACAUAACAGCAACACACAAGGCCUAUCUCCCUUCUAAGUCCCUGCUAAUAAAAUCAUAGGUAUUUGAUGUUUGAAAUAAAUCAGAACUGAUCAAAUACGAUUGCAUAAAUGUACAUUUACAGAAUAUACAGUCUGUCACAGAAAUGAUGGUAUAAGCAAAUGCAUGUAUGGGGGCAAAAUGCAGUGUGCAAGAAAGACUCUUGAAGUUUGGAUGCUUUGCCAGAUUACCGGUGCGAGGCCCUCCUCUUGGCUCUAUGGUUUGGGGUUGUGACUGUGAGUGGUCUUUACUGUCUUCCCCAGAAGGUGUGGCUGAUGCUGAGGCUGAUGCAGAGCCCCUGACAGGGAUCCUAAGGGUGAUCUAUGAUGACGUGCCCUGUGAGGGACCACUCUCUCCUGACGAAGGUGAGUUCAUGUGCAAAGGCCGGGUCUGGGGCCACUGACUUCUUUUAUUGAAUGUCUCCCUUGUCUGAUACUGCACCAUCAGAUCAAUGGACAUCAGGCUUGGGUUAAAAUGUCAUUUGGUUCCUUUUAAAAAACUUUACUUGUGCUUGAUGAAGCUUGAGGGUCUGCUGUCUAACAAUGCACAUCAGUAUUUAUGCUGUGUUGAUGUCAGCACAUCUCUCUCUGUGUGUGUGUGUGUGUGUGUGUGUGUGUGUCAGGGGACAUGAUCUAUGAGGAUGUGCACAGAGAAGAAGUGCCACAGGGUGCAGGCAACGAUUGGAGCUCCGGUGAGUUUGAGAGUUACGAAGAGCAGUCGGACACCGAGAGCAAACUACCAACCCGCAGCAAGGUAGGAGAGAUGAUAUUCGAUUUGUAUACCUACAGUAUGCCUGUCUGUUUGUCUGUCUGUCUGUUUGUUUUUGUGUUUUUGUGUUCAAUGCAUAAGACAUGACUCAAAGAUAAUAUUUCACGUAAUGCUACUGCUCCUCCACUGCAUGCUUUUUUAUUCAUGUGAGAAACUGGUGGGGAAAAUACAAAGAACAUGGAAAAUGUAUCAACCCUGUCUGGGUGGGUUGUAUCUCACUUUGUGGACUGAGAAUAAACAAGCUCACUUGUCACUUGAAAGGCACCAAUGCCAUGACACUAUCUAGGUGCUGUAUGUUAUAACGUUUAAAUAUACAAUCUAUGGUUAUAACCAUACAGUAGGUGCCUGUAGCCUCUCUCUCUUCCACAUGGGGGCAGUAUUUACUCAUUGACGUUGCGCUUUAUUCUAUUUGGUCAGACUUGGUCCAGUCUCAUCCCUGUUGCAUGUAUAUCUGUAGAGUACGCUAUAGGGAAGCUUUGCCAAAACAUAUUUGACUGAGCUAGUGCUAUUGGUACAUAGAUGUAGAAAAUAUGCCCUUAAAUAUUUUCUCAUAUUUUUUGUAUUCUAGACGCUGAUACCACUUAAUUUAAUAAUAUUCUAAUAUUGUAUGAAAUGUUAUCCUCUCAGAACAGAGGGGAGCGAUGACCUGCUUGUUAUGAACAAUUGCUUGUUAUGUUUGGGCAGUAACGAUGGAGGCAUUACUGUAAUAAAUAUCACAGCAGGAGUGUGCCUCACACCUCCCCUCCUGCACAACCCUCCCUUCAUCAAGAUCAGUGCUAUUAGUCUCGGCUGACAUUACCCUAUGACCAGUGCAGUACUCUACAUUUCCGCUCUCCAUACAUGUGAUUUAAUGCUGUUGUUGCCUUGCUUGUUUUGACUUGAUAAUUUCCCCUCCAUUUUCCGCUGUCUAAUCUUCCCUUCUUCAUCCCUAUACCCUGCUGUGUGGUUAAAUGCGACCUGCCCUGACAUGCCCCACACCCCACUGCCUUGACACCUGUGGCGUUCCCCAUACUGUAGCAGUACUCUCCUGACAUACAUCGACUGAGGGACCGUUGUGCCAGGACCAAACGUGAAAUAGUCAUGAGGCUGGGUGGCAAAAACAACUAUGACACCAAGGUAUAUCACUGGCAGUAAGAGAACACAGCAUGACACCAAGGUAUAUCACUGGCAGUAGGAGAACACAACAUGACACCAAGGUAUAUCACUGGCAGUAAGAGAACACAGCAUGACACCAAGGUAUAUCACUGGCAGUAGGAGAACACAACAUGACACCAAGGUAUAUCACUGGCAGUAAGAGAUCACAACAUGACACCAAGGUAUAUCACUGGCAGUAAGAGUACACAACAUGACACCAAGGUAUAUCACUGGCAGUAAGAGAACACAACAUGACACCAAGGUAUAUCACUGGCAGUAAGAGAACACAUGACACCAAGGUAUAUCACUGGCAGUAAGAGAACACAUGACACAAAGGUAUCUCAGCCUAGACCUCAAAACUACAGCACCCAGGAGGCUUUGCAAGGAUUAAAAUGACCAAAACCAAAAUAUGUAUUCUGUAGUAUGAUGUGCAUUUUAACUGAUUUAGAUAUUUAUAUGAUUAACUUUCUUUACCAUCCCCCCCUUGUGCUUCUGUGAGAUCCUCCAGACUGUUGCUCUCAUGAGAGAUGUGUCUCUCUCCUUCUAGUUUAGUAUCAGUUAUGGGGACACAUGAAUAAGUAAAACACAUUUGCAUCAAUAAACACGUUGCCAGUUGCUCCCAGUUGAUAACCUAGUUUUUAUCAUUUAAAAAUAGUGGCAUCAUUUAAAAAUACUAUCACCAUGUGUGUAUUCUGGGUCCGUGAGCUUAACCUGACUCUGCAGGGCUUCAUUGAUGCUCAGAGUGGGGUUUGUGGUUAGCAGAAUGUAGCCACACCGAGCAUAACUCCACUACCUCCCCACAACUACAGCCCAGUCUGCUACCAUAAUCUCACUAUGAUCUCCUCAUAGACUUCCUGAUUAGAGACUAGACCAACUGAGAAGCGCAGAUGUCGGGAUUCAUGGCUUGAUGCACCUAGUGCCCCAUCUCUCUCUCUCUCUCUCUCUCUCUCUCCUUGUGGAUUACUGUGCAGUGUUUCCUGGCUCCACUCUCCUUCUCCUCGUGGACUAACUCUUCUGGCCUUUUGAACCAGGUUCAUCAGCUAAUGAAGGCCGCCAGGAGUGGGACCAAGGAUGGACUGGACAAGACCAAAAUAGCCUUUAUGCGGAAAGUCUCCUUCCUGCACAAGAAGGACCACUCAGGUAAUCUGAGAAAAGGUUAUUCAAACUGACUGUUUGCCAAAUGACUGUGUCAGAUAAAAGUUUCCCUCUUAUAGCAAAAUGUGUGAAUUUGUAGUGAAUUGAGAGUUUCUGUGGAAGAUAGGAGUUCACAUACAUUUCAGUCGCCUCUUUUGAAUUAAGCUGCGGAUGAAAACUUGUGUGAUGCUAGCUGGGCCAAAAGUAAUGUUAAGGCAGAUAGGGGAGAAAGCUUCCCAUUGCAUUUCCAAUCCCAGCUUUAAAAUAGAAAAGACUCCUGGAAAAAUUAUCUAAAUGAUGUAAGUUGUUUCAAACGAAACAGCCGGGAUAAGUCGAGCUGGCUCGCUCCCAUUAAAGACAGAUGUUGUGGCCAACUGAAGGUUUUGAUGUGUAGGAGAGCAGUGUAGGAAGCCUCGUUGCACAAUGGAACCAGAUUACCAUCCAUUAAUGGAGUGUUGAGCAGCUCCAGAAACCACAGAAAACGGAGCCACGACUCAAACAAAUCUUCAAACAAACAGGCUAGUGGUUCUAUUUUUAGCUGUUGAUCAGGGGGAAUCUAUGCAGCAUUUUAUAUUUCUGAAACUGAGACACUGUUAUCGUUCCAAAAUCAUUCAUUGGAAUAGUGCUGGCUGGCGAAAAGCUGUUUUAGUAUCUAUGUCUGUAUGGUUGCAGGGAAUUUGUUGAGUGCCUUUUGAACACCUUCGUACUCACGCUGAGAAGUGUGAGUGUUUGAAUGCGUUUUUGAAAACGUACUGUCUGUUCGCCUCUUUACUUCUACUGAGAUACAGUAUUGUUUAAAAUGUAUUUUUCCCUCCUGAAUUUUUCUUGCAGAGUGCUAAUCUCUUCAUAUUUUAGAGGUAAUACAUUUGGAGUGUGGCUCCAGUUGAGAUAUGAAAGCUUUAAAUGUGCCUGUAUGUGCCCCUGUGCAGAGGAUGUGGAGGAUGAUGCAGGGUACCUGGAUGUGGCUGUGUCAGAUGUGAAACAUCCUCCUGCACAGCUGAGCCCUAUGCCUGAGGGACUGAGCAGCCAGCAGGUGUGUAUGUGUGUAUAACAGAUGUUUGUUUGUCUCUGUGUGUGUGUGUGUCUGUCAGAGUAUUCUGUGAAUCUCUAGGGUCAUGUUAUAUGCAUGCAAUGAUGCAAACAUUAUUUUUCUAUUGCCAACACUGACUCUGUAGUGCGAUUGGGAGGAAUAUGUCUGCUACAGUUAAGUACAGUGCUACUCAUUUCAAGGGAAACCUCAAGGUAAAUCCGGGCCUCAUGCAAACAAGGCUACUCCACCCAAACUCUCUUACCCCAUUACAAUCACACACACACACACAGGCAUAGUACUAUCAAACAACCUGUCACACACAAUUGAGGCUGUACGGCAUACAAUUAACUCCCAUCAUGCCCUUUUCUGUGUGUGACCUUUGACCUCUGACCUGUAUGUUUCCCGAUUGGCUUCUUCUGUCCUCAGGUGGUCAGACGCCACAUCCUGGGCUCCAUCAUUCAGAGUGAGCGCAGUUAUCUUGAGUCCCUCAGGAGAAUCCUUGAGGUGAGUCCUUUUCUCCCUGCCCCACCCCACCCCACCCCACCACAACCCUCCACUCCACCCUACCCUUACUCUGACAGAUGUAAUCCGUUAAUAUUUUCAGCAUUUAGAAAUGAGGCUGAAAAGGAAACUGGAGAUAUUUAUCAAAUUACCAGGCUUGCUACGCAUAAAUAAUCAUGAUGGAACAGAUUAAUUUUACAUCUGUGGUGCCCCACUGAUGCUAAUAGAGAGAUUCUCUCUCUGUUAGGUUUUCACAGAAUCACAGCAUGGGUUUCACUCUUUUCUCUGUUGUAUCUCUUUUUCUGUGGUGGAGAGAGAAUAAUUCGUUAUCUCUCCUAUUAGAUGACGAGUGACACACCUGCUGAAAUGGGAUCAGGCAUGAUCAAUGAGAGGGUUGUUCUGCAAAAUGUUUUCUGUCAAGAUAUGAUGUACUACCUUUGUUGUGGCAUGAGAUGAUUGUGUUUGAUAAUUUGGGAUGUUUAGCCUUUUUUUGUGAUUUUGCGUACCAUUCAAGUCCAAACUCACAUAAAAAAAGAAUAAAAAAAGCCAUGAGCACAAAUAUUAGACAUUUAAGAACUGCGACUUCAGUCCUGUAAUAUCAGAAAUUGCCUGUGUUAUGCCCCAUAUCCAUAUUCCACCUGUCGAUAAUUCAUUUGCUGUGGAGGAUUUAUGGUUGGGCAGGGGAGGCUUGUAAAAGCAGCACUAGUCUAUCAUCUAUUGUUGUUUCCAAGCAUUGACUUUCAUUGCUGAUUUUCUGCUGACUGCAUCUGACAGUUUCUGAUUGUACAGGCUACAUUAGCCAUACUUAAAUGACUCUCACCUUAAAAUACACUGCAGUCACAUGUUUUACACAGUUGACUAGUUUUUAUACUGUUCAGCAUCUUGACUAAUUGCAAUUGCUUAUAAGAUUGUUACUAACUGACGAUUCCAUCAAUGUGCCUUUCAGUAAGGGUCCAAGGCACGCGUGAUGCUGCUGUUGUAUCUGUUGAGAGAUGUUGCUAUUGAUGUGUUGCUUUUUAUGAUCAGGGCCUACCUGUGUGUUUUAUAUUGUUCUCUACCGUAAAGCACACCUAAUCCAAGUUAACCUGUGUAUACUAUUUCCCCAGGAGUACCAGAGGCCCUUGCUGGAGGCAGACCCACGCAUCCUGAGCCCACGGAAGAUCCGGCCUGUAUUUUACCGUCUACGGGAGAUCACUCAGUGUCACUCCAUGUUCCAGAUUGCACUGGCGUCACGUGUGGCUGAGUGGGACAGCAGUGAGAAGAUUGGGGACCUAUUUGUAGCCUCGGUUAGUGUGUGUGUGUGUGUGUGUGUGUGUGUGUGUGUGUGAGAAAGAGAGAAAGGUGUCCGUUUUCCCAUAGGGCAUUAGAAGACAAUUUCCACAGACACAGUUAUGAUGAGCAGCACUUAAAAUUGAGCAAACAAGACUAACUUCAAACAUGGAGACAAUUACAGCUAAGAUGAAUAUCUCUUCUGCAGCAAAUACAAUCAGAAUAUGUGUGCUUAUAGCAUUGGCAUAGGACUAUUGGACUAAUGUAUGAGUGUGCUGCUGUGACCCUCUGCAAUGUGCUCAUCCAGAAGGCUUGCUCAUUAUUUACCUAUCAAAGACACCAUUUUGAUCCCCUGCCCUCCUUCUGACCUUGUUUAUUGUGAUGUUCCAUUGAUAUCCUGACACCAGCCAAAUGGGCCUGUUUUGAGAGGUAGGAGAGAGGACUCAACACUCCUCAUUAAUUUCUCUUUUUCAUCUGACAGUGUAUUUGUCACCCAGCUGUUAAUGUUUUAUGCUAUUAGUAGGUCUCAUACUAUCUGUGUGUUGUUUGUGGCUGGCUUGCAGAGAAGAUGAAAGAGAGGGUUCAUUUCUAUGUGAGACUGGCUAAUUUCCUAGCUACCGCUCCUCCAUCUACUGCUGCCGUUAGCAGCCUGCUUUGUGUUUAAUCAAACGAGAGCGAAUGACUGUGUGCCGUCGCAGCAGGAUUGUGGAUUGUGAAGGGUGUUUGUUGGUUUCCUGGAUGGUAAACAGAUCAGGGUCUGAAAUAUCACACUUAAAUGGCCAUUGUCUACCCUUUUCUACCCUUCCAUCCAUGAAUAGGAUUGUUAGAUGAGCUGUGGAGCUAUUGACUUUCUAGGAACUUCAUGUUGUCAGAUGCUUUUACAAAUAAAUAACCAAGCAUGACUAGUUCCUGAAUGAAUUUGUUCCAUGAAAAACCCAACAGAUUCCUGAUGUGAAAUCCAAGGGUUGUUUCUCUUGCAUUUCCCAUAACCCCACCUUUCUGUGUUUCUACAGUUUUCCAAGUCGAUGGUGCUAGAUGUUUACAGCGACUAUGUCAAUAACUUCACCAAUGCCAUGGCCCUUAUUAAAAAGGCAUGCAUGUCCAAACCAGCUUUCCUGGAAUUCUUAAAGGUGAGUUACAAAGUAGACCUGUCCAUGUUUUUUUCUUCACCAAUAAACUCUGUUGUUCUUUCAAUACACUCUAACCCACGGUCACUUUCGACCUUCAUGUACUAUUUCAUUUGGCCCUCUAAAUAUACUAUAUUCUACUGGUGUCUUGAUACUUGGUUAACCCAUCAGAGUCUAAGCCCUGUCUAAGCCGGGAAUUUUAUGAACAAUUUUUUGGGCCUUACUGCUAUUAGCCCAUACAAACGCAUUGAAUAACAGAUUCACUACAUGGAACAACAGAUAGUCCCAAAAACAUAUCAAAAGGAAGUUUGUUCUGAAGUGUCUCUCCUAUAUCUGAUUAUCUAUGCAUAGUCACUUUACUCCUACCAACAUGUACAAAUUACCUUGACUAACCUGUACCCCCGCACAUUGACUCGGUACUGGUCCCCCCUGUAUAUAGCCUCGUUAUUGUUAUUUUAUUGUGUUACUUUUUAUUUUUUUUACUUUAGUUUAUUUAGUAAAUAUUUUCUUAACUCUUUCUUGAACUGCAUUGUUGGUUAAGGGCUUGUAAGUAAGCAUUUCACAGUAAGUUCUACACCUGUUGUGUUCGGCGCAUUUGACAAAUAACAUUUGAUUUGAUAUAAGAAAGAUCAGGACACAUUAUUUUACUUGUUUUUACAUGUAUUUAACUCCAUAUUUUUGGCAUUAAACAGUCUCCAUAUAUACUUCCAUUCAUUUUUUCAACUGGUACCAGGGGACCUUCAGACAAGUCUUGUGAGGCCUGUGGGCGUCCUAGAGCAUGUAUAUGUUAAUUAGAGUCUCACCUUUGCACAGAGAGGUCAUAUUAGUGUGUAGCCCAAACGGUUCGAAUGCUACAGACAGAAGUUGGCAGAUCGGCUGUACCGACUUCAGACCAGUCUACUGACACUUGUGGAGGUCGUAGUGCAAAACGGAGAACACCAUCGUGUUCGUGAGAGUCUUUCCAUAGAUUGAUUUUUUGGGGGAUGUUUUUAUUAUGCUAAUUACAUUUAUGCGGGGGCGCGGACAUCAACCUUAGGGGGUUAAAAGUGUAGUUGCUUUAUUCAAAUAUUUCAAGUUGGCCUGGUUGGGUUUACUUGUUGCGAUACACUGCACUAAUCACCAAUAAUUUAUAUAUUGCACCAAUUAGCAAAUCUCACAUACUGUAGAGCAGUGGUUCCCAAACUGUGGGGUGUCAGGGGGGGGCGCGUAUAUUUAAGGAACUCAAUCCAGCUUCAAUUUACUCUUGAAAGUCGUAAUAGUAGAAUGCGCAAGGUGCAAUUUUGAAAUGUUGUAGUAAUGUUAGAAUCACUCAAAUUUCACAUUAAUACACAUUAGACAUGGCAAAAUGUAUAGAAUUGCAAGAACAUUCGCUUUAAAACUGCAAAAACAUUUCUGCACCCCAUGACAAAAUGUGUAGAAUUGCAGGAAAUAAGCUUUACACCUGCAACAUUUUCUCUCCACCAACAUGAGGGGUUUGAACAGUUUGUUUCAUGAACAUUGCUUGUGCCCAUAGAAAUAGGCAUGGCAUAUGAACACCUCCACUUCCCAAUUCUCUAAUGACCAGCACAGCAACCAGAGUCUGUUUUUCCACACCUUACUGACCUAAACCCACUCCUACUCCCACACUCAUGCACUCUCCAUAUCUUGUCCUCUGAAUAAGAGGUGUCUAGAGGGGUCUUUCUUUCUGUGUAUUUGCUUAUCUCCUGACUGUACUAUGCUAUGCUGUUUAUCUAAAACUUCUUAUCCUGUGUUGUGUAGAAGAAGCAGGCGUCCAGUGUUGACCGGAUCACCUUGUACGGCCUCAUGGUGAAGCCCAUCCAGCGCUUUCCCCAGUUCAUCCUUUUACUGCAGGUAUACACUACCAGUCAAAGGUUUGGACACACCUACUCAUUCAAGGGUUUUUCUUUUAAUAAUAAUAAUAAUGAUAAUAUGCCAUUUAGCAGACGCUUUUAUCCAAAGCGACCUACAGUCAUGCGUGCAUACAUGUUUUUUUUUUUUGUGUAUGGGUGGUCCCGGGGAUCGAACCCACUACCUUGGCGUUACAAGCGCCGUGCUCUACCGCUCUACAUUGUAGAAUAACAGUGAAGAUAUCAAAACUAUGAAAUAACACAUAUGGAAUCAUGUAGUAACCAAAACAGUGCUCAACAAAUCUAAAUAUAUUUUAUAUUUUAUAUUCUUCAAAGUAUCCACCAUUUGCCUUGAUGACAGCUUUGCACACUCUUGGCAUUCUCUCAACUAGCUUCACCUAGAAUGCUUUUCCAACAGUCUUGAAGGAGUUCCCACAUAUGCUGAGCACUUGUUGGCUGCUUUUCCUUCACUAUGCGGUCCAACACAUCCCAAACCAUCUCAAUUGGGUUGAGGUUGGGUGACUGUGGAGGCUUGGUCAUCUGAUGCAGCACUCAAUCAAAUCAAAUCAAAUCAAAUUUUAUUGGCCACAUGCGCCGAAUACAACAGGUGCAGACAUUACAGUGAAAUGCUUACUUACAGCCCUUAACCAACAGUGCAUUUAUUUUUUAUAAAAAAGUAAAAUAAAACAACAACAAAAAAGUGUUGAGAAAAAAAGAGCAGAAGUAAAAUAAAAUUACUGUAGGAAGGCUAUAUAUACAGGGGGGUACCGGUGCAGAGUCAAUGUGCGGGGGCACUGGCUAGUUGAGGUAGUUGAAGUAAUAUGUACACAGUACUCAAUCACUCUCCUUCUUCAUCAAAUAGCCCUUACACAGCCUGGAGGUGUGUUUUGGGUCAUUGUCCUGUUGAAAAACAAAUGAUAGUCCCACUAAGCGCAAACCAGAUGGGAUGGUGUAUCGCUGCAGAAUGCUGUGGUAGCCAUGCUGGUUAAGUGUGCCUUGAAUUCUAAAUAAAUCACAGACAGUGUCACCAGCAAAGCACCCCCACACCAUCACACCUCCUCCUCCAUGCUUCACAUUGGGAACCACACAUGCAGAGAUCAUCCAUUCACCUACUCUGCGUCUCACAAAGACACGGCGGUUGGACCCAAAAAUAUCAAAUUUGGACUCAUCAGACCAAAGGACAAAUUUUCACCGGUCUAAUGUCCAUUGCUCGUGUUUCUUGGCCCAAGCAAGUCUCUUCUUAUUAUUGGUGUCCUUUAGUAGUGGUUUCUUUGCAGCAAUUCGACCAUGAAGGCCAGAUUCACGCAGUCUCCUCUGAACAGUUGAUGUUGAGAUGUGUCUGUUACUUGAACUAUGUGAAGCAUUUAUUUGGGCUGCAAUUUCUGAGGCUGGUAACUCUAAUGAACUUAUCCUCUGCAGCAGAGGUAACUCUGGGUCUUCCAUUCAUGAGAGCCAGUUUCAUCAUAGUGCUUGAUGGGUUUUGCGACUGCACUUGAAGAAACUUUCAAAGUUCCUGAAAUGUUCCGUAUUGACUGACCUUCAUGUCUUAAAGUAAUGAUGGACUGUCGUUUAUCUUUGCUUAUUUGAGCUGUUCUUGCUAUAAUAUGGACUUGGUCUUUUACCAAACAGGGCUAUCUUCUGUAUACCACCCCUACCUUGUCACAACACAACUGAUUGGCUCAAACUCAUUAAGAAGGAAAUAAAUUCCACAAAUUAACUUUUAAGAAGGCACACCUGUUAAUUGAAAUGCAUUCCAGGUGACUACCUCAUGAAGCUGGUUGAAAGAAUGCCAAGACUGUGCGAAGCUGUCGUCAAGGCAAAGGGUGGCUACUGUGAAGAAUCUCAAAUAUAAAAUAUAUUUUGAUUGGUUUAACACUUUUUUGGUUACUACAUGAUUCCAUAUGUGUUAUUUCAUAGUUUUGAUGUCUUCACUAUUAUUCUACAAUGUAGAAAAUAGUCAAAAUAAAGAAAAACCCUUGAAUGAGUAGGUGUGUCCAAACUUUUGACUGGUAGUGUCUGCCUUUACCAGCACCUUCACUGCUAACAUUGAUAUGAUAAUGUCAUAUGAGAAAACCUAACAGAUAAACAAUCUGAGAUUAACACCACACAAUGUUUUAUGGAUUUAAUCAACAGAUUAACACGUGCCAUGAUACAUUGAGCCGUUGAAAACUACUAAAUUCAUGAGAUACAGUAUAACACCAGGAAUAGCUCUACCUAGCUAAUCUAACCAUAUUAGCUUUUCUUCUUUGUCUUCCUUUACUCUUCCUGUCUCAACAUUGUGUGUGAAAAGAUUUUGAUUUGAACUUGAAUACUGGAACUGCAGUACCUCAUUCUAUCCAUUAGAAGGGGUUGAUUAUCCAUGACUUCAAAAGAUAAGUUAUGAAUGUGAAUGAGGCGAUUCCCUCUUGCCUCAAACUCAGCACCCUGGAGAGGGAGUGUCUGUGUUAAAUCAUAUAUUACACAGGGAACUAAACUCAAAGCACUGAAACUCUUUUGGGACACACACAGAAUACAAGGCCGUAUUUCUGCAGGUCCACAAGCACACACAUUUGCAGGUAAGCCAGACACAAAGAUCUGGGAUGAAACUCAAUAAAUACUUGGAUUGUUUAUAGACAUAUGAAAAUGAAAACAAUGUGCUUUACAUGGCUCUGGGCCUUAAACACAGAAACCAAUGCACACACACACUUACACACAAACCAACACCUCCUUCACUUUAUUUAGUGUUUGUUUCUCUCCUCUCUGUUUCUCUGUCAGGACAUGCUGAAGAACACCCCUAAGGGUCACGUAGACUGCCUGCCUCUGCAGCUGGCUCUGACUGAACUGGAGAUGCUGGCCGAGAAGCUGAACGAACAGAAGCGUGUGGCCGACCAAAUAGCUGAGACUCAGCAGCUAGCCCGCAGUGUCAGCGACCGCUCGCUCAGCAAGGUGACUAAACCACUGCAAUACACAUGUACGCACGCACAUGCACGCACACGCACCCCCCGACACAAGCACAUACGCACAAGCACACACCGACACACACAAACCGACACACAGACACAGACACACACACGCACACAGAGUAAUCAACCUGUUUACUGUGUGGCUCAACCCCAGAUCCCUUCCUCUACCUCCACUGUGUUAUCGCAUGAGCCAAACACCUAUGCAUUAGCAUAUAUAGCCAUCACUUACAUCAAACACCUAUUCAUUAGCAUAUAUAUAGCCAUCACUUACAUUACCUUCCCAAACAUUAGUCUAGGAAAGCAUUUUUAUUUAGAAAAAUCAUUGCCCAGAAAUGAUGGCCAUUAUGGCCCGUGAACAGUGUCUAAACACCACGGCAGGGACGUUUCUUCUCCAUUACCACACUGGAAUUACAGUCCAGAUGCUGCAAAUCUGAACAAAUGCAUUUUUGAAUAAGAGGAAUUAAGGGGUAAAUGAGACAUUUAAUUGGAAGCUAUCUCUCCCCGUUGCUCCUUGUCUCCUUCUCCCUAUCAUUUCCCCCCUCCUUUCCUUCUGCUAUUAUUUUCUUCCCUCUCCCUCUCUUUCUCUUGCUCACUUUCUCCCUCUUCCUCUCUCUCUUUGUCCCCACCGGGAGCCCAUCAUCUCCCUCUCUCCCUCUCCCUCCCUCUGUGCCUCCCUCUCUCUUUCUUUCUAUUGGUCCAUGGUGGUGAAUUUCCCAGAGCCCUGAGAUGAGCUGAUUCGGCCAAUCUCGUCUGCUCCACACAGAAUUCCAUUUACUGCGGUGAGACUGCAGAAUUUCAAUAGGAAGCAGCUCUCUUCCAUUAUCCCAUAACCGUCCAAUGAAAUAUUAAUUAUUUGUCACUAAGUAUCUAAGUCAGUGGAAUAGGGGAGAUAACACUGUGAGUGGGAAGAGGCUGAGGUCUCCGUUUCACUCUAUCUCUCAGACACACACUCACACAAAACAGUCACACAUGCAGACACACUGUUGACACUUUGGACUUUUCUGAGGGGCCUUCCAUGACUUACGUCUCUCUGCCUCUGGAGGGUGCUGUAGUUCUGUGAUCAUAGAAGACAGGCUACUGUUUGACUAAUGACUCAUUUCCCAAGCCAUCUGAAUAAAAGCCAAGCACAACUACUUAUUCCCCACAGAUAUAACAAUCCAUUUUGUGAGAUGUGAUGGGAUGUAGAGCACUGAGCAUUGUAAAAUGGACAAAACACAGAUUCAUUAUUCAUAGAAAUUGUGUUUCUAUCGAACAAACAUCAACAUCAAAGUGGGACACAAUAUCUGAGCUGCAUAUUUGUAUUUACCGUCAGUUCGGUCUUUGGUUUUUACUGUUGUUGUAAUGACAAUUUUUUUUCAGAAGAUUGUUUUAGAAUACAUCAAACUGACUGUAUUGAUUCAGCUGGACAUAAAACAUGACUGGACCAAGUAAUGCAAAUACUUUCUAUUAGAUUACCCUUUGCCAAAUGUACCUUAGGAAAAGGAUGUCUUGUGUGUUCUCACAUACUGCAGUAUACAGAGACAUUUCUGUGGAUAUUUCCGUGUGUCUGUGUAUGCAGUGGCGAUUUUAGCAUGUAAAUCUUGGUAGGGCAAAAAAAUUAAUAUGUUUUUAGAUGCAUGCCAGCAAAGCCACUACACAACACAACACUAAACAAUACAUUAAUUGCCCUAUAACGGUGACAAACGGUGCCCACAAACUGUUAGGGCCUACAUAAAGCUGUCCCAACAGCAGAGUUCCAACAAGCAGUCCCAACACCUUACCACUGCUACAGUUGGCUAUCAGCAAAUCGGGGCGGCAGGUAGCUUAGUGGUUAAGAGCGUUGUGCCAGUUACCGAAAGGUCGCUGGUUCUAAUCCCCGAGCCGACUAGGUGAAAAAUCUGUCGAUGUGCCCUUGAGCAAGGCACUUAACCCUAAUUGCUCAUGUAAGUCGCUCUGGAUAAGAGCGUCUGCUAAAUGACAAAAAAAAUAAUAAUAAUCCUUGUCUGGCAGUGAAACUGUUAAUUCAGUCUCAUUUACUGCCUUUUUAAAAAACAGCUGAUAUGGCUGACUUGCUUAAACAAAUGUGGUUUCUACUGACAAUUGAGAUGUACAAACUAUGGCAUAAGGUUUGACGAGCGGAUAAGAGGCAAUCCGUAAUUUCGAUUAAGACAUUAAUGAGCGAGCUUGGACGGACGUAGUCAACAUAAUUAUUUGUUCAGCACUUCUGAAAUGUACAGCGACAGAAUUCAGAUCAUGGGCCGUUCUUACAGUAUUCUCCCUGUACACCAAGUCAGAACCGUAGGAUAAAGAAAGGGGGCAUAUAAGCAGACAAUGAAAGCUCUUACAAUAUUUGAUGAUUACGUUUCUCUAAAACAGGCUAUAGGCUACAUGUGCACCACCAAGUCAGAACAGUAGGCAAAAUUAUGAGGCGAAAAGGGACCAAAUUAUUAGGCUGAGGCACAUGGGCUACUAACAACUUACUACACAACAUACACUUAGUAUUACUUUCUUAGCUACAGUAUACAGUACAUAUCUCCCUGGCAUAUUACAUCAUUUAUACAGCAGCAUACAAUACAUUUUUGGACUCACCUUGUUGUGCUGUGCUCACUUGAACAGGAAGGUGGCGCAGCGGUCCUUCGUGGGCAAAUUUUGUCAUCAAACUUAGUCAUCAAAGUCUGGCAUUCUCUGGAUUUAUGGUGCUUUCAAGACAACUGGGAACUCUGGAAAAAAACAAGAUGAUGACGUCAGUGAUCUUCAGGUCGGAGCUCUAGAAAGAGGCCCAAGUUCCCGACUUGCAAUUUCGAGUUGGGUGACCGUUCAAAACUUACUUUCCCAGUCGGAGCUCGUUUUUUUCAGUUCCCAGUUGUCUUGAACUCACUGAAGUCAGAUUUACGAGUUUCCAGUUGUUUUGAGUCAUGCUGAAGAAGUCAUGCUGGAUUGACAGCAUGGCCAUUGUUGAAUGUUUAUCCUUUUAAGCUUGGAAAAGAGACCCUUAAACCCAGACUUGGGACCACACACCCACUCCACUGAAUAGCAGGCUAGUGAUUGCUUUGCAAUGCUUGCAGUUAGCCACUGAUUCCUUCCAAACCACUCAUUGUUGAAUUUGCGAUUUCCAACUUGACUUGACGUCAUUUUAUCUGUGGCCAAUGACCUUGAGCCUUCUUGGAUAGGCACUUCUAAUGUAACUCUAUGGCAGCACCCAAGGGACUUGAAUUUUCGAGCUCUACCCUUAGAUUUUGCAUUGAUGUAUUGUCCCCAUGAGUGACAGAACACUGAGCCAAUCAUGGCGCAACAUUACCAACCCCUACGCUCCAUAUUAUCCGCUGGCUUGCCCCACCACCACAGAAAGCACUGAGCUAGGCUGAAAUACCUGCAUUUUAGCUGCCUUACUCAAGAAAGAAAAAAAGAGACCAUGUUUGUAUGCGGCUUUAUUAACUCAAUGUUAUAUAUAUAUUUUUUUUACAUUGUUUGCAAACUGAUAUGUUACACGUAUUAAUGCCAAAAUAACAUUCAAAACAGGCACAAAAAAACAGGUGGGGCUCCAAACAGGCUCUGCCCCACCUGCCCUGAAUGACGGGUCGCCACUGUGUGUAUGUCUUAGCAUGUGAAUGUGUUCUGUGUGCCCUGACUGCACAAACCUCCCUUGAUCUGACACUGAUCCUCAAUGAGACACUCACUUAACCAGUAUUUAGCCUGCCUGCUGUGCUCCUUAGCAAUUGAACUGAAACCCUGGAGAAUUUGCCCUUUGUGAUGUGCCUUUUGAGACAGUGUCCUGAUUGCUCUGCCCCUUUAGCAACUGAACUCAGACCAGGGGUCGCUGGUGCUUUGUGAGACGCUGAUUGAGACGGUGUAUGGGGAGCGAGGCCAGGUCCUGAAGUCUAAGGAGCGCAAAGUCUUCCUCUUCAACGAUAUCCUCAUCUGUGCCAACAUCAACGUCAAGUAAGUGGUGUCUCUGUAGAGUAGAGUGAGUUCUGCUAAACAGCUCUACAGUCUGAAUACACAAACACCUUCCCAGCUCCACAGCAGCAGCACCACAAGGCUCAGCCUACAAGGCUUUGCAAGGAUAUAUUUUGGCAAACUGCAUAGCAAAGAGUAAUAGCUAAUAGGCGUUCUCUAGCACUAUCUGGAGUAACAGGAGCUUUAUCAGCUUUUAACAAACUGUAGGCAGCUUAACUACAGCAACAGGAGUCCUAGAUCACUGACAUAAAAGAUUUAUUGGUCCCUCUACAAUUUAUCCUCUAUGACAGCACCAUUGUUCACAUGGUCUCAGAGCUAAAGGUAAACAGCAAAGAUUUUCCUCCAUUUGCAAAGCUCCUGUUUGAGACGUUCAUACCUCUAAGCUCUCUUGUUCAGCCUUCAAAGUAGUUAUCAGCCCAUGUUUCGUUCAACUUGAUUCCCCUGAAGUUGACUUUGCCUGCCCUCUAGAAUCUUGACAAAGUGAUCACAACGUUGAUUGAAUGCGUGAUUACAGGAAUAUAUGAAUAUGAAAUUAACCAUGCUCAUAGCCGGGGGUCCCGCUUUCUGCCGUGAACACAGCUGAUCAGAAGGAUUAUAAUUCAGUUCCUCAGCUCUUUUUGUGACAAUUCAAAUAGCUAUACCACAGUUCUCCUCCUGUUGGUGGUUUGGGAUUAGUGCUGCUGUCAGGAAGAGAGGGAUGCUGGGAGAAGCUUUGACUUGUUUGCCUGUUUCUUCUCUUUCCGACCACCAGGGGCCCCCCUGAUAUCAGCAGCCUGGUCCCUGUUGGUCCUAAGUACACCAUGAAGUGGAGUGCCCCCCUCCUGCAGGUCCAGGUAGUGGAGGUGGGUCAGGAGGCCUCCCAGGCCAAGGAGACCAUGUUCCAACAUAGUGCUGCCAAGCACCCUGGCAGUGCCUGUCUCCCAGGUUGGUAAACCUCCUGAGUCAUCCAUCCAUUGCCUCUCUAUCCCUGUUCAUCAUCUCCUACAUGUAGUCCAGCUAAUCUCAUCACUUGGCCAGACUCCUAGUCUCAGCCCCAUGGUCUAACUCAGCACAGCCCUCUAAUCUGUUUCGUACUGUGAACUAUCCCUGUGAAUUCUGGUGACACAGCGCUGUCACUCUGAUUGAGGAUGUGUUUGUGAAAAGAAUAGCGAUGAUGGUCACUUGGUUCCAUCUGCCUGGGCUGUUUUUAUAUGCGAGAGAUACAGUGGGAAAACAGAGCUGCAGCCUCCACAGUCUCAUUUCACUCUCUGAUAGACCACAAACAUAUCUGGAGUGGUGUCAUCAAUCUGCAGAGAAUAUUCCCUUCCUCUCCAGCUCCAAUUAGAGAAGCAGCAGCACUAGAUAGGAAUCUAAUGGUUAAACAGGCCUUUUUUCACCCCUCUCAAAACUAUGUUGUGCGUACAGCUUGGUGGAGAGAUCCCUGAUAAAUGUGCCAUGGGAAGGAGGAGAUACAAAGCCUUAUCAGGAUGUAAUGGAACAGCCUUUAAAUAUUAAUGGCGCCUUUUACAGCAGCGUCUGACCAUGUCACACUCAGUGAACAGCAACAGUUUAACAGGGAUGCCAAGAUUAGGCUUAGAUUCUCUGAAGAUUAAGCCUUAAAGUCUUAAAAGUUUACUGCAACGCUGUGGGAUGAUUUAAGUUGACAUUAAAAGGUCUAUCACCCCCCCCCCCCCCCCCCCCCCCUCUCUCUCUCUCUCUCUCUCUCUCUCUCUCUCUCUCUCUCUCUCUCUCUCUCUCUCUCGCUCUCUCGCUCUCUUUCAAUUCAAUUUCAAUUCAAGGGGCUUUAUUGGCAUGGGAAACAUAUGUUUACAUUGCCAAAGCAAGUGAAAUGGAUAAAGAAAAGUGACAGUAAAUAUUACAUUCACACAAUUUCCAAAAGAAUAAAGACAUUUCAAAUGUCAUAUUAUGUCUAUAUACAGUCUGCUAAAUGAUGUAAAUGUAAAUGUUGUAACGAUGUGUAAAUAGUUAAAGUAAAAAAAGGGAAAAUAAAUCAACAUAAAUAUGGGUUGUAUUUACAAUGCUGUUUGUUCUUCACUGGUUGCCCUUUUCUUGUGGGAACAGGUCACAAAUAUUGCUGCUGUGAUGGCACACUAUGGUAUUUCACCCAAUAGAUAUGGGAUUUGGAUUUGUUUUCGAAUUCUUUGUGGAUCUCUGUAAUCUGAGGGAAAUAUGUGUCUCUAAUAUGGUCAUACAUUUGGCAAGAGGUUGGGAAGUACAGCUCAGUUUCCAGCUCAUUUUGUGGGCAGUGUGCACAUAGCCUGUCUUCUCUUGAGAGCCAGGUCUGCCUACGGUGACCUUUCUCAAUAGCAAGGUUAUGCUCACUGAGUCUGUACUACAUAGUCAAAGCUUUCCUUAAUUUUGGGUCAGUCACAGUGUUCAGGUAUUCUGUCACUGUGUAUUUACUCUCUGGUCUGACAGAAUCUGUGCAUAUGAUCUAGGUGCUGCUGUAGGCCCUCCUUGGUUGGGGACAGAAGCACCAGAUCAUCAGCAAACAGUAGACAUUUGACUUCAGAUUCUUUCUCUCUCUCUCUCUCUCCUCUCUCUCUCUCCUCUCUCUCUCUCUCUCUCUCCUCUCUCUCUCUCUCUCUCUCUCUCUCUCUCUCUCGCUCUAUCCUGACUUUUGAAAAUCAGGUUGAUUAAUUUUUGAAUCUAGCAUGGGGCCAAUGCAAGCCACCCCCUUAAUCAUGCCUUUCCAGGAAUCUUCCUCUAUGCAUCUGCUGAAUUGUUCCCCUGGGGGAACGCUCCCAUGGCUUGGCGAGAAAUUGGCUAAUUUUUCAUCUCCUGCAGGCCCUGAUGCCCUUCCUUGUUGAUGGAGAAGGCUGGCCUUCUGGGAACUACAGGGAUCUCUCAACUCUCUCUCUCUCUCAUCUCCUCUCUCUCUCCUCUCUCUCCUCCUCACUCUCUCUCUCUCUCCUCUCUCUCUCUCUCUCUCUCUCUCUCUCUCUCCAUUGUGCAGAGACACAGGUGGGGUGGGGUGGUGUUAUAUAGUAAGUGGUGGGGUCUCUCUCUCUCUCUCUCUCUCUCUCCCUCUCCCUCUCCAUUGUGCAGAGACACAGGUGGGCAACAGCUUUGUCUCCCCACUGUGUCUGGUCUUGUGCCAUCUCUCCAUGUACCCACACACAGGCUUACCUUCUCCCUGCCCCAAUUACAGAGUUAUUGUUUUAUACUGACAGUGACACGAGACUGUGAUGCACAGCAAUGCUGCACUGUAUCUAUGCUACAUCUACAUGCAGUAAGCUGGUGACCAGGUUCGGAUGGGGAUUAGUAUAUGGCUUUGGUGCAGAUUUGAUAUAUUGGGGAUUUGGAAGCAGUGGCUGCUGUAAAAUUCCCUCAGGUUAGUUCCCAGAGCUGGAUGCAGCACCAGCUGGACUGGACUAUAGGCUGAGGAUGGAGAUUCCUGCUGGCUGUUGUUACAUGAAGCGGCUGCCCCUGGAAGGAUGGGCAGGGGCCCCUGUGGGCUCAGCCCUGCCUUGCUGCUACGUGCCUGGCGGCCAGUGUGAAUGACCGUGUCUGAGUGUGAAAACCAAUCCCGCCACACCAACGGGAUUACGCUGGAUUACAACUCAGCACAUUCACCUCCGGGGCUGGGGCCAACUCUAGGCAGGCGGGGACACAGCGGACCUGUGUGCAAGUAAAUCCCAAAGUCCCACAGCUACAGGGAAGUCAUUGUUUACAGAGACUCACGGCAGGCACACCUCUUUAUAUUCAGAUGUGUCUGCUAUUGAUCGUGUCUCACAGAUGACAGAUGUCUGUGCACGUCAGUGUGAGAGAUCACCAUUAAAUCAGUGAAGGCUGGUGGGAGUAGCUAUAGGAGGAUGGGCUCAUUGUAAUGGCUGUAAUGGAAUAAAUGUAAUGGAGUUAAACAUGUGGUUUCCAUAUGUUUGUGUUUGAUACCGUUCCAUUUAUAUAAUUUCCAGCCAUUACACUGAGCCAUCCUCCUAUAGCUCCUCCCACCAGCCUCCUCUGCACUAAAUGCCCAAAGGUUACAAAGGCUCUCUUAAGAGAACAAUACCUGCCUCUCUCCACUCUCUGACUAUUUGUCGAUACAACCACACAGUCACCCGCUGGCUUUACACAGCCACUAGACUCCCACAAAGGGCCAUGCUUCAGUAACCUGCCUUGUGCCAAAGCUGGUCUGCUACUUGAUUAUGUGGUUGUGAUGACAGCACAGGACAACUCUACAGUUACAUCUUGCUGCAACAUUGAAUUAUGUUGUGCUCCUGGAGCCUUGUGUAGAGAUGUGGACCAGGGCAGUAUGGAGGGAGGAUAGCAGUGAGAGGCAGAGCUAUUGAUUUCCUGAGGUUGGAGAGGUAGACUUUAAAGACAGUGUGCUCCCAAAUCGAUUGGUGAAUCUUACGUCUAAUGAGACACCUGCAUUCCUUUUGCUGGGGAAAAGGGCGUCAUAUAGCUCCAAAUGGCCAAUCUCUAUCUGCUUUUUAGUUAUACAUUCAGACUCCCGACUUCAUUCAGACUGUUCAACAAAUAACUGUGGUGAUCGAUCCAUCACACAUUGAACUCCUUUCUUAGUGGAACCAGAGCUUCAACAAGUGCAAGUUUUCUUUAUCACUUCCACUAGUUAUUGUAGUUCAGGAAAGUUCCAUUGGGGAUUGCAAUAGUUGUUUGACCUUGAGCUGUUUUAUGAUGUAUUUAGGAAACAAGCAUUGAUGUGUAUGACAUGUUAAUUGGUUUAACCUGUUGAUGUGUGUACUGUAGUAUGUAUGACAGGCCAUGUUGUGUUUUGACCACAGGGAAAGUGAUCCUGGGUCCUCCAAUGCUUUACCAGGAACUCCAGGACCUGCAGUACGACUUGUCUGUGGUGGAGGAGGUCACACUACUGGUGGGAACACUAAAGGGGGUACCAGGGAACCCCCCCCAACCCCCCCCCCUUACUAUAAACACCACCCCCCCCCCACCCCUUACUAUAAAACCAAAAACCCAAAACCCCCCCACUAUAUAAAAACCAAAACCACCCCACCAUGCUAUAUAAAAAACCACCCCCACCCCCCCACUUUCUUUUAUAAAAACAAGCCCCCCCCACCAAAUUUUCUAUAAACACCCCCCCACCCAACUUUCUAUAUAAAAACCAGCCGACCCCCCCCACCCCCUUAAUAUAUAAAACCACCCCACCCCACCCCCUUACUAUAUUUAAAACCACCCCACCCCCCCCACUUACAUUUUAACACCAAAAAAACCCCAAACCCUUACUAUUAUAAACCCAAACCCAUCCCACUACCCCAAAUAUUAAAACCAGCCCCUUACGUACUAUAUAACACCAGCCCACCCCACCACUUACUAUUUUAAAAACCCCCGCCCACCCCAAACCCCACUAUAUAAAACCCGCCCCCCCCCACCACUUACUAUAUAAAAACCGCCAAUCCCCCCUACUUACAUAUAACACCCGCCCAUCCCCCUACUUUCUAAUAAAACACCAAAACCCCCCCACCACUUACUAUAUAACACCAGCCCAUCCCACACUUACUAAUAAACACCAGCCCAACCCCCCACUCCCCUAUAUAACACCAGCCCAUAACUUACUAAAAAAAACCCCAAACCCAAAAACCCCUACUUACCCCUUUUUAAAACCCGCCCACCCAAAUAUUACUAUAUAACACCAGCCCAUCCCCCUACUUUCUUAAAAACCCCCAGCCCAUCCCACUACUCACUAUAUAAAAAACCCCGGGCCCUUACUUACUAUAUAACACCGCCAAACCCCCCUACUUUCCGUUUAAAAACACCAGCCCACCCCAAAAAAAUUCUAAUAACACCAGCCCAUCCCCAUACUCACUAAUAAACACCAGCCCUUUUUUUACAAAAAAAACCCGCCCCCAACCCCCACUUACCGUUUUAACACCAGCCCCCCCCCAAUACUUACUAAUAAAACCAGGCCCCUUUCCCCCUACUCACUUUUAAACCCCCAAACCCAUUUAAAUUUCAUAAAACACCAGCCCAUCCCAAUAAUUUCUAUAUAAAACCCGCCCCUCCCAAAUUUUUUACUUUUUUUAUAAACCAGCCCAUCCAUACUUUCUAAUAACACCCGCCCAUCCCCCCUACUUUCUAUAAACACCAAAACCCCAAACCCAAAACUCAAUAUAAACCAGCCCAUUUCCUUAAUUAAAAACCGCCCAACCCAUACUUACCGUUUUAACACCAAACCCCCCCCCCAAUACUUACUAUUAACACCAGCCCCCUCCCCUACUUUCUAUUUUAACACCAGCCCCUCCCCCUACUCAAUAUAAACACCAGCCCUUAAUUAUAUAAACACCAAACCCAACCCAAAUACGACCGUUAUAACACCAGCCCCCCCCCCAAAAAAUUUCUAUAUAAAAACCAGGGCCCCCCCACUACUUACUUUUAUAACACCAGCCCAUCCCAAUACUCAAUAUAUAACACCCGCCCAUUAAAAUUAAUUUUAACACCAGUCCAACCCUAAUUUCCGUAUAAAAACCAGCCCCCCCCCAAACUUUACAUAUAAAAACCAGCCCAUCCCACUACUUACUAUUUUAAACCAACCCACCACUACUUAUUAUAUAACACAAACCCAUCCCCACAAAACUAUAUAACACCAGCCCAACCCCCUCUUACCGGGAUAACACCAGCCCCCCCCAAAUUUUUACCAUAUAACAACCCGCCCCCUCUCAAACUUACUAUAAACACCCCGCCCAUUUGCCAUUUUACCCCCUAUAAAAACCAGCCCACCCCAAAAACACUAUAUAACACCCGGGCCCCUCCCACAUCCUAUAUAAAACCACCCCAUACUCAAAAUAUAACACCACACCCCCCAAAACUUUCUAUAUUUUAAAACCCGCCCAUCCCCCUACUUUCUAUAUAACACCAGCCCCUCCCCCUACUUAUAAAAACACCAGCCCAACCCAAAACUUACCGUUUAAAAACCAGCCCCCCCAAUCUUUCCAUAUAACACAAACCAACCCCCUACUCACUAUAUAACACCCCCCCCAAUACUCAAAUAUAACACCACACCACCCCCCUACUUCCCAUAUAACACCAGCCCAUCCCCCUACUUACUAAUAACCCAGCCCCUCCCCUAGUACUAUAUAAAAACCCCAACCCCCUCCAAAUACCCUUUCAAUAACACCAGCCCAUCCCAAAAAUUACCGAAACAAGAAAAACCCAAAACUUACUAUAAACACCGCCCCCUUUCCCCCACUCACUAAUAACACCCCCCCUAUCAACAUAUAAAAACCCCACCCACCCCACUAUUAAUAUAUAACACCCCGCCCAUUUCCCCCUACUUACUAAUAACACCCCCCCAUCCCCUAAUACAUGAACACCCAGCCAACCCACUACUUUUCCGUUUUAAAAACCCCGCCACCCCAAUAAUUUCCCUAAACACCACCAUCCCACUAAUACUAUAUAACACCCCCCCACUAUCAAAAAUUAACACCCCACCCCCCCACUAAACUUUUAUAAAACCAGCCCAACCCAAUAAUUUCUAAUAAAACCAGCCCCUUUCCCCCCGUUUCAUAUAACCCAGCCCAUCCCCCCUACUUUCAAUAAACCGGCCCCAAACCCACUACUUACCGUAACACCCGCCCAAACCCCCAAAACUUUCUAAUUUAAAACCCGCACACCCCAAUACUUUCUUUUAAAAUCAGCCCAUCCCCCUAAUUACUAUAUUAAAACCAGCCCCUCCCAAAUACUUUCAUAUAACCCCAGCCCCUCCCACUUUUCACUAAUUUAACCCCCAAACCCAUCCCCCUACUUACUAAUAACACCAGCCCAUCCCACACCCUUUCUAAUUAAAAACCAGCCCAUCCCACAUUACUAUAUUUAAAACCAGCCCAUUCCCCCCUACUUAUAUAUAAACCAAAACCCAUCCCACUAUUACUAUAUAAAACCAAACCCAUCCCCCACUUACUAUAUAACCCCCCAGCCCAUCCCACUUUCUCACAUUAACAACCCGCCCCUACUUACUAUAUAAAACCAGCCCCAAAAAAAUACUUAGGGGAAACACCAGCCCACCCCAAUACUUUUCUAUAUAACAACCCCCACAAACCCCCCCCCCCUACUUUUAAUAAACCAUCCCACGCCUCUACUUAGGGAGAAACCCCCAUCAAACUACUUAAUAUUAAAAAAUAGGGCCCCUCCCACUAUUUAAAUAUAACACCAGGGCCCCCCCCAACCCACUUACUAAAUACCCCCAGCCCAACCCCACUCUACCGUAUAAAAAUUUGCCCCCCCCAAAAACUUACUAAUAAACCCCCAAACCAAAACCCCCCCCCCAACUUUUACUAUAUAAAACCCUCCCCCCGCCACUACUUACUGUUUUAAACCAUCCCAAAUUACUAUAUAAACCACAUAAAUACUUACUAUAUAACAACAGCCCCUUUCCCCCUACUUACUAAAACAAAACCAUCCCACUAUUUACAUAUAAACCACCCCACCCCCUUAAUAAUAAACACCACCCCCCCCCCCCACACUUACUAAUAACAAAAGCCAUCCCCAAAUACUCCCCUAUUUUAAAAACCACCCUCCCCACUACUUAAUAUAUAAACACCACCCCCCCAAUAUUUACCAUAUAACAAACCCCGCAACUACUUACUUAUAAACCUUCCCACUACUUACUAUAUAAAACCCGCCCCCUCCCCCUAUUUCUAUAUAAAAACCAGCCCCUCCCAAAAACUUACUAUAUAACACCAGCCCUCCCACUACCUUUCAUUAAAAACCAAACCCAUCCCACUACUCCCCAUUUUAACAACCCGGCCCCCUUUCUUACUAUAACACCCCGCCCCCCAAACCCCCAAUUACCGUAAAAACACCCAACCCACCCCCAAAACUUACUAUAAACACCACCCCACCCCCCAAACAAUUUUUAAAACACCAUCCCACCCCCACUAUUAGGUAGAAACAAAAAAUCACAACUUACUAUAUAACAAAGCCCAACCCCCCUACUUACAAAAACACCCACCCCACAUUUCAUACAACCAACCCUCCCAAUUUUCUAUAUAAACACCACCCCCAAUACAACUAAAAAAAGCUCAAACAAAACUUACUUUUAAAAACCCCAACCCCCCUACUUAAUAUUUUAACACCACCCCCCCCACCCCACCCCACCCCCAAUACUUACUAUAAAACACCUUCCCCCUACUUACUAUGUAGCACCCCCACCCCCCCUACAAUAUAUAACACCACCCCCCCCAAUAUUUCCAUAUAAACCAUUCCCCCCUUUUCUUACUUAUAACACUCUCCCAUACCUUUUUAUUAAAACACCAGCCCAUCCCAAAUACUUUUCAUAUAAAAAACCCGGGCCCCUCCCACAAUUUCAUAGAAAACCCCCCCCCCUCCCCCACUAAAAAUAACACCAGCCCCUCCCCAAUUCCACUAUAUAAAAAACCAGCCCCCUUUCUUACUUAAACACCAGGGCCCAAACCCCCUACUUUCUGUUUAAAAACCAUUCCCCCCCCAAUACUUUUCUAUAUAACACCCCCCACACCCCACCCCAAUAAUUACUAUAUAAAAAACCAUCCCACACCCUACUUAAGUAGGAAAACCAUCCCCACUACUUAUUAUAACAAUAGCCCAACCCACUACACUAUACAACAAAAACCCCACAAAUUACUAUACAACACCAUCCCCCCAUUUAAUAAAAAACCCCAACCCCCCUACUUUCUAUAUAACAAAAAAGCUCAUCCAAAAUACUUACAUAAACCCAACCCCCCCCCACUACUUAAUUAUAAAACCCCCCAACCCCCCCCCACAAUACUUAAAAAACACCCCCCCAAUACUUUCAGGGGCACCAGCCCCCCCCCCCCAAAAAAAAACCCCACCCCCCCCCAACCCUUUUCCAAUAAACCCCCCACUACUUAUAAAAAAACACCUCCCAAAUAAAUUACUAAAACACCAAACCCCCCUCCCCCUAUUUUCUAUAUAAACACCAAACCCAUCCCCUACUUUCUAUAUAAAAAACCAGCCCACCAUAUUUUCAAAAACCCAGCCCCCUCCCCCUACCACUUUUAAACCCCCCGCCCAUUCCUUUUCAUUAACCCCAGCCCCAAACCCCCCAAAAAUGUUUAACACCAUCCCCCCAAAACCAACACUGUUUGGAAAACCUCACACUACUUUCUAAACCCAAAGCCCCAAAACCCCCACCACCAAAAACACCACCCCACUACAAUACAAAAACCCCCCCCACGAGGGGCAAAACACCACCCCACAAACCAAAACCAAAAGGCCCCCAAAAAAAAAAGGAAUAAAAACCACCCCCCCCCCCCUUAAUUUAAAUAUAACACCACCCCACCCCACCACAAUACUUACUAUAUAACACCAUCCCACUACUUACUAUGUAGCACCAGCCCACCCCACUACUUAAUAUAUAACACCACCCCACCCCAAUAUUUACCAUAUAACACCAUCCCACUACUUACUAUAUAACACUCUCCCACUACUUACUAUAUAACACCAGCCCACCCCACUACUCACUAUAUAACACCACCCCACUACUCAACAUAUAACACCACACCACCCCACUACUUACUAUAUAACACCAGCUGGGUUAACUGAGUCAGGUAUAGGACUCGUUUUACUGUGGAUAUAGAUACUUUUGUACCUGUUUCCUCCAGCAUAUUCACAAGGUCCUUUGCUGUUGUUCUGGGAUUGAUUUGCACUUUUCGCACCAAAUUACAUUCAUCUCUAGGAGACAGAACGCGUCUCCUUCCUGAGCGGUAUGGCGGCUGCGUGGUCCCAUGGUGUUUAUACUUGCGUACUAUUGUUUGUACAGAUGAACGUGGUACCUUCAGGCGUUUGGAAAUUGCUCCCAAGGAUGAACCAGACUUGUGGAGGUCUACACAUUUUUUUCUGAUGUCUUGGCUGAUUUCUUUAGAUUUUCCCAUGAUGUCAAGCAAAGAGGCACUGAGUUUGAAGGUAGGCCUUGAAAUACAUCCACAGGUACACCUCCAAUUGACUCAAAUGAUGUCAGUUAGCCUAUUAGAAGUUUCUAAAUCCAUGACAUAAUUUUCUGGAAUUUUCCAAGCUGUUUAAAGGCACAGUCAAUUUAGUGUAUGUAAACCUCUGACCCACUGGAAUUGUGAUACAGUGAAAUAUAAGUGAAAUAAUCUGUCUGUAAACAAUUGUUGGAAAAAUUACUUGUGUCAUGCACAAAGUAGAUGUCUCAACCGACUUGCCAAAACUAUAGUUUGUUAACAAGACAUUUGUGGAGUGGUUGAAAAACGAGUUUUAAUGACUCCAACCUAAGUGUUUGUAAACAUUCGACUUCAACUGUAUGUCUCUAUAAGCUUGGCACAUCUAGCCACUGGCAUUCUACAAGGCAAAAGUGCUCCAGCUCCUUCAAUUUGGAUGGGUUCCGCUGGUGUACAGCAAUCUUUAAGUAAUUCCACAGAUUCUCAAUUGGAUUGAGGUCUGGGCUUUGACUAUGCCAUUCCAAGACAUUUAAAUGUUUCCCCUUAAACCACUUGAGUGUUGCUUUAGCAGUAUGCUUAGGGUCAUUGUCCUGCUGGAAGAUGAACCUCCGUCCCAGUCUCAAAUCUCUGGAAGACUGAAACAGGUUUUCCUCAAGAAUUUCCCUGUAUUUAGCGCCAUCCAUCAUUCCUUCAAUUCUGACCAGUUUCCCAGUCCCUGCCAAUGAAUUUACAUCCCCACAGCAUGAUGCUGCCACCACCAUGCUUCACUGUGGGGAUGGUGUUCUCGGAGUGAUGAGAGGUGUUGGGUUUGCACCAGACAUAGCGUUUUCCUUGAUGGCCAAAAAGCUAAAUUUUUCUCAUCUGACCAGAGUACAGUCUUCCAUAUGUUUGGGGAGUCUCCCACAUGCCUUUUGGCGAACACCAAACGUGUUUGCUUAUUUUUUUCUUUAAGCAAUGGCUUUAUUCUGGCCACUCUUCCGUAAAGCCCAGCUCUUUGGAGUGUACGGCUUAAAGUGGUCCUAUGGACAGAUACUCCAAUCUCUGCUGUGGAGCUUUGCAGCUCCUUCAGGAUUAUCUUUGGUCUCUUUGUUGCCUCUCUGAUUAAUGCCCUCCUUGCCUGGUCCCAUGAGUUUUGGUGGGCGGCCCUCUCUUGGCAGGUUUGUUGUGGUGCAAUAUUCUUUCCAUUUUUUUAUAUUGGAUUUAAUGGUGCUCUGUGGGAUGUUCAAAGUUUCAGAUAUUUUUUCAUAACCCAACCCUGAUUUGUUUGGAGAGCUCUUUGGUCUUCAUAGUGCUGCUUGCUUGGUGGUGCCCCUUGCUUAGUGGUGUUGCAGACUCUGGGGCCUUUCAGAACAGGUGUAUAUAUACUGAGAUCAUGUGAAACUUAGAUUUUACACAGGUGGACUUUAUUUAACUAAUUAUGUGACUUCUAAAGGUAAUUGGUUGCACCAAAUCUUAUUUAGGGGCUUCAUAGCAAAGGGGGUGAAUGCAUAUGCACGCACCACUUUUCCGUUAUUUAUUUGUUAGAAUUUUCUGAAACAAGUGAUUUUUUUCGUUUCACUUCACCAAUUUGAACUAUUUUGUGUAUGUCCAUUACAUGAAAUCCAAAUAAAAAUCAAGGAAAAACGCCAAGGGGGAUGAAUACUUUUGCAAGGCACUGUAGCACCAGGCCACUACUUACUAUAUAACACCACCCCACCCCACUACUUACUAUAUAACACCACCCCACCACUUACUAUAUAGCACAAGUCCACCUCACUACUUACUAUAUAACACCAGCCGACCCCACUACUUACUAUAUAACACCAGCACACUACUUACUAUAUAACACCACCCCACUACUUACUAUAUAACACCAGCACACUACUUACUAUAUAACACCAUCCCACCCCACUACUUACUAUAUAACACCACCCCACUACUUACUAUAUAGCACAAGUCCACCUCACUACUUACUAUAUAACACCAGCCGACCCCACUACUUACUGUAUACAACCAGCCCACCCCACUACUUACUAUAUAACACCACCCCACCCCACUACUUACUAUAUAACACCACCCCACUACUUACUAUAUAGCACAAGUCCACCUCACUACUUACUAUAUAACACCAGCCGACUCCACUACUUACUGUAUACAACCAGCCCACCCCACUACUUACUAUAUAACACUAGCCCACCCCAUUACUUAACUAUAUAACACCACCCCACUACUUACUAUAUAAGAGCAGCCCACCCCACUACUUACUAUAUAACACCAGCCCACUACUUACUAUAUAACACCAGCCACUACUUACUAUAUAACACCAGCCACUACUUACUAUAUAACACCAGCCACUACUUACUAUAUAACACCAGCCACUACUUACUAUGUAACACCAGCCACUACAUACUAUAUAACACCAGCCACUACUUACUAUAUAACACCACCCCAAUACUUACUAUAUAACACCAGCCCACCCUACUACUUACUAUAUAACACCAGCCCACACCACUACAGCCAAACCACUGCCACACGCCACCUCACUACUUAUUGUAGGAAUGCUACAGGAGACAUACCAGGUAUGCACAGCCAAAACCCCAACCUGUGGGUCUACUAUAGUAUUUUUGUGCAUCACUACAUAGCCCAGGCUGCCUCCAAGUUACUCACAAAAGCCUACAUCCAUAUUACCCUCUUUAAAAACGUGCACCGCAGCCUGACCUCUAAAAACACUGGUCUUUACUUUAAAGAGAUUUCAUUCGCAGCUUGACAAAUUAUUAAUAAAGCUGAUAAGUCCAAAUAAUGCUUGCAAAUGUAAAGUGAUUUCUUUCUACCACAACCCAACUAACUACAGGUCUGAACCCUGAGAACACAGAAUGCUUUGAUCGGAGAUUGAAAAUGCAUGAACAAAGUGUUAUUUUUAAAAAUGCAGGGUAUUGUACAACAACAAAGAUGAGAAUUAUUCAUAGACGAUAGAGAGGAAGAGAUUUGGGGAAAUCUCUUUCGGGUCACAAUGAAUUUCAAAAGGGAUAAUUAAAUGCAAUUAAAAUGUGAUCAUAUAAAAGCUACAAAUCUUUCUGGAAUCACCAACUGAUAACAGCGUAAAUACAUUCGAUAUCCCCAUGCCAACAGUGCCAGGAUGAGUAGCUGCUGCUUUUGCAGAGAUUUGACAGAUUUGAGGUGUAUCUCCUGAAGAACAGAGUACCUCUAUCUCCUUCAGUGAGCUAUGUUGUGUUCAAAUCAGGACACCUACCAGUACUGUGUCUGUCUGCCACCAUCACAUUAAAGCUACUGUACAUAACACAGUCACAGCAUACUCCAGCAAUCACCAAAGAGCCUCUCAGUGGAAAGGUGGCCUUUUGGCUCAAUUUUUUUUAAAAGGUGGAGUAAAAUGGGCUUUUCUCCAUAUUACUGAUUUUCACACUCCACCCAGUUAUAAUAUAAAUGUCCACCAAACAAAAUAGGAAAUAUUUCUGCAUGGCUCAUUGACUUCAUAAAUUGAUUUGAUUCUAUUUGACUGGAGGGACUUAACUGUAAAAGUGGUGUAGGAGAUGUAAUGUGUAUGACGUAUUUGAUGGUAUAAAGUGCUUUGGCCAUGGGUUGAUGAAAGGGUCUAUAAAUCGAAGCAGUUUUAUGAGGAAAGGGUUCUUUUUAAUAGAGAGUUUAAGUAUGUCAGUCCAUAAAUAUAAAGGUGUGAGUAUAAGCAUGAGAUACGAAUGUUACGCUUGUGAAUGUAAGCAGAAGUGCAUCAUUUAGGAGUGGAUAGAAGAAUAUCGUGCACAUGGCAGUAUGUACUGUACCUAUAUUUUCAUGUCAUAGCAGAAUGUUCUUGUGUGUUUGUGGAUCAUAGAACCUGAACACGACUGUGGCCCAGGACUGGUGUCUAGCUCUACAGAGACUCAUCCGGAUCAAGGAGGAUCAGCUUCAGAAUGCCAACAAGUGCCGCUUACGCCUGCAAGUGCCUGGGAGACCAGACAAG